CUAUGACAUCCUGAACUUUUCCGAUGAUAUCCUCCUUCAGAAAACAAGACCGAAAACAGACCGAUCUAUUCAACCCUUUGUAACAAAUUUCAUUCAUUCAGAAGCAGUGAAUUAAAAGAUGAUUAAAACCGUCAUGAGCCAAAAGCUUGAACCAAGAAAGAUGAGCAAUAACUUACUUAACAAAAGUUUUUGAAACAAACUGUAUUUGCAAACACUAACAUUUGCAUUCUGCUAUGGAAGCUCUGUAUCCUACUGAGUUAUCCAGGCUCCUAAAUUAUACCGUUACCAGUUUAAAUGAUACUGAAUAUGGUUCGAAACUGAAUAUUCCUUAUACAGUGUGUGAAGUGCUGGUUGCAAUUUGUGCAGUGAUUGGAAAUGGAUUGGUUAUUAUUGUGUUUAGUAGAGAGCGCAAACUUCGGAGAAGAACAAAUUAUUAUAUAAUAUCCUUGGCUACUGCGGAUUUAUUGGUGGGCCUGUUUGCAAUACCUUUUGCAAUUUUAGCCAGCAUUGGGCUUCCUACUAACUUAUAUGCGUGUCUAUUUACUGUAUCUGUCCUAGUCGUGUUGUGCACUAUCAGUAUUUUCUGCCUAGUGGCGGUUUCCAUCGAUCGAUACUGGGCUAUCCUUCAUCCUAUGGGAUAUUCUAGAACUGUUAGGACAAAAACAGCUAUAGGUAUAAUAUGUAUUUGCUGGGUAGCUGGGAGUAUGGUUGGUUUCUUACCACUUUUUGGAUGGAAUGCAGGAAAGAAAGAUGAAGAUAUGUGCAUCUUUACGAAAGUUAUGAAUUAUGAUUAUUUAGUGUUUCUGUACUUUUCUACAAUCAUAUUUCCGGCGUUACUUAUUGCUGCCUUUUAUGCUCAUAUUUAUCGAGUAGUUCUGAAACAGUUGCAGCAAAUCGUCACGAUGAAUCCUACUGGAUACAGACAGGGACAAUCAACUGGGACUAUGCUACGGCUUUUAGGAGCUGCCCAAAAACGAGAAGUUAAAGCAACUCAAAAUUUGUCAAGAAUAGUUAUUUUCUUCAUUAUUUGUUGGUUUCCACUUUACACAAUUAAUUGUGUAAUGGCAUUUUGCCCUCAAUGCAGGGUGAACGACAUCUUUGUCAACUUUUGUAUAAUCUUAUCUCAUUUAAAUUCAGUGGGUAAUCCGCUGCUCUACGCAUACCAUCUAAAAGACUUUAGGGCGGCCCUCAAGAACUUCCUAUACAGGUUGCCGUUUCCUCAAGGAGAUGAAAAGGCAAACAUCAUGAGUGUAGUUCAUCAAGGAGGAUCUUUCCAGUGUUCUCGACAGCAUAUACGUCAGAAUAGCGGUACUGGAUUUUUGAUUUCCAGAAAACAAAAUUCGACUCUCCUAAGAAAGGUAACUGACGGAACGCACAAAAGUCAAGCUGUAAGCUUAAGAACAGCUUCUUUUCAGUAUAAUGGGGUAAAAAAUUCACCGGCUUCUACACCGAGUUAUGGAGAAAAAGACGAGAAAACCGUGAGAUAUUCAGCAAUAGAAAGCAGAGCCUACAAGCCUUUUCUUUCAUUCGUUGAAGUGGGACUGGAAACUUGUGAAGAAACCGUUCCGGAAUCAACUUCCGUUAUCCAAGUAGACGUAAAUCAAACAGCAUCUUCUCAAGAAAUACUGGCAAUAGGAGAUUUAAUUUGUGAUUAAGAUUCAGAACAAUAGCUAGUCGAUAAUAUAUUCCACUAUAAUAUAGUGUACUAAUCAAUGUAAAAACAGCUACUUGAGAUAAGCGAAUUUGAAAAUGCUUCAUUAUCAAUUUACCAGAUAUGUUAGAAUUAUAAUUUUAAAUAGAAAAACGCUGUUCUGUUUUAUUGCUCAUAAAUAUGUGACCGUCCACGAAGAAAGGUACCUAACGAGCGAUAAAUUUAUUUUACAGUUGCAGCUAUUGAACAGGCUGUCCAGGACAAGAACUCUAUUAGAGAACCUAAGAUUGCAGUAAAUAAUCAUUACAAUUGUUUAUAUGUAGUAAUAAUAUAUUUUAUUAUAAAAGAGAAAAAAAAUAAUCGAUUGAUGUAAAAAAUUAAAAAAUCGAUUUUUUCCGCGUUUGGUCCCCUUCUUCGCCGAAGGUCACAUGUAUAUAUGCGGAGAAAGCUUACACAUAAUGAACACGAAAAGUUAGAACUGUUUUUUACUUUUACCUAAUUGUAUUUUCUCAUUUUCUGUACAAAGCUGUUGUAUAUUUUUAAUAUAUAAAUGCUUUCCGGGUACUUGAACUAUAAACGUUUCGUCUAAUAAUAUCAUCACUCAAAAUAACCAUUUUUAUUAUUUUCCUUGCACAUUGUAACAUGUGCAAGGAAAAUAAUGAAAAUGGUUAUUUUGAGUUCUGAUAUUAACUUAGUUCCAAGAAAAAAUCGUUAAAAAUUCCAAUGAUUUACGGUCAAAUGAAAAAUUAAGCAAUAAACCUUUUUCGUGUUGUUUAUAAUGGAAUGAUAGUCGAAGGCCUUUUAAAAUUUGCAUUGAUUAAUAAUUUUAUUUACUCUAAGGGUGGAAAUUAUCUACACGCUUAUUUUGUAGGAUAUUUAUAUAAUGCCUUAUUAUUUAUGAUAUUGGCUUGCAUUUUUUUCUUAUAAUAGUACCAGAACCAAUAACAUUCUGCGUCUUAAAGUUGAAGCUUAAGACAAAAUGUUUUGUUAUUGUUUCCUUAGAUUCUGCCCUAGGUCCGAACUUGUUGCAAAAAAAGUAGUAACCUUUCGAAUAAUGAUUGUACUCACCAAAUAUAUAAAAAUAUUUAAACAAUGAUACUUUUAUAAACAUUAGUUAAAUUGAAUAAAAAUAAUAAUAGUCUGGAUGAAGUUGAAGAAAUAAUAUUUUUCCUCACAAAUUCUAAGAGUUAUUACAAUUUUCAGAAACAUCUCAAUUUGAGGUUUUUGGCAAUAUCUUUUUCCAAAAUUGUCAAUUUACCUUCAACUUGAGCUUAUUAGACACAGAGUUUCAUUUACUUUCGCGCUAUCAUGAGAAAAAAUUAAUAUUUUUUAAAUGAAGGUACUUCAUGAACAACUCACAAAAAUAGGAACUCCUGUAAAUUAUAUUUGCAAUCAAUACAGUACUUUGAAAUUUAUUCGAGUUAAAAUUUUGUAAAGAUUGUUGAAAAGGUUGUUUUAGAACAUCUGGAAACUUCCUGAAAUUUUGAAAUCCGACUACUGUAACAACCCUAAUUUAACUAGCUAAACCAGGAUAAACGUAAUCUAAUACAAAUACAAAUCCAACCAUGACAUGCAUCAAUCAAUGAAUUUAAAAAUGUUCAAAAGUAUACCAUUUAUUAUGAAGAUCCCGAUUUAAUGGCC